AUGACUCAGCAAGACCUAUCACAUGACCCGACCCAGACUCUGGUUAGGGCUCAAACCCUGCGCUCGAAGUGGCCGGUCGCACUUUUCCGCAGCGAAGCUCCACUUUCAAUCCAUCAUUUAAAUCUACCAUUAUUCCGGCCGUUGUCAAAGCGAUUCCCCGAAUUGCAACAGGAACUCGCGACAAUGCUUAUCCCCAAGGACGACCGCAAGAAGAUCCACGAGUACCUCUUCCGUGAGGGUGUUCUCGUGGCCAAGAAGGACUACAACCUUCCCAAGCACGGUGACAUUGACACCAAGAACCUCUUCGUCAUCAAGGCCCUCCAGUCCCUGGACUCCCGCGGCUAUGUCAAGACCCAGUUCUCGUGGCAGUACUACUACUACACCCUCACCCCCGAGGGUCUGGACUACCUCCGUGACGUUCCCACGCUCCCCCCCCGCGGCAUGAUGGGCGGUGAGGAGCAGCGCGGUGAGCGUCGUCCCCGUGCUCCCCGUGAGGGCGGCUACCGCCGUCGCGAGGAGGGUGGCAAGGAGGGCGGUGCCCCCGGCGAGUUCGCUCCCUCUUUCCGCGGUGGCUUCGGCCGUGGCCGUGGUGCUGCUCCCCAGCAGUAA